CCGAGGACUCGGGCUUUCGGGAAGCCCAUGGAGAUCCACUUCACUUCGGGCUCCCUGCCCAAAGCACCCACCCAUGGACCCCCUUGGACUCGAGUCCACUGGGCCACCAAUAGAAUCCCGUCUGAGACCUUGAAUGCUGGAGACCCCGACGCAGCUCUGGCAUCCUGAUCAUCAAUCCCAGACUUGGGGAGGGGUGGGGACUUUUAGGCAUUCUGGGACCUUUAAAAGGCCCCUUUCGUGUCCUUUGCUCCCCCCCUCCCACCUCUCAGACACAGCACGAAGAGGAAGCUCCCAGCAGUCAUGGGUGCGAGGGACACAAAAGAUCUGCAGGGACCCUUCCACGGCCUGCUGGCAGCUGGUCCAGCCCCAUCCUCGCCUCCUUCCUUUCUCAAGUUUUGAUCAUCUCUGCAGACCCUGGGGGACCUCAAACGGGUUGCUUGCUCCCUAGACUCCAGAGGGGACUUCCUGUGGCUCUCACCUAGGGAGCUCUCUGGCGUUCAGAGGCUCCCAGGAAAGGCUUGAGUCAUGACACCCUUGCUCAGAAGCCCCACCCUCCAGGGCUCUAGGCCCGGAUGUCGCUGCCCUCCUGUGCCACUGACUCUUGAUUCUAUGGACACAGCCCCAGCCCCUGUGGGCUCCAUUCAGCACUGCCGUUGCCAGCUGCCUAAGAUGGGUGAUACCUGGUCCCAGCUACCCUGGCCUGGGCCCCCCAACCCAGCCCUGUUCCUGGUCUCCCUCCUCUUGGCAGCUGGGGUGAUGCACUCGGACGCGGGCACCAGCUGCCCCGUCCUUUGCACAUGCCAUAACCAGGUGGUGGAUUGCAGCAGCCAACGGCUAUUCUCCGUGCCCCCAGACCUGCCCAUGGACAUGCGCAACCUCAGCCUGGCCCACAACCGCAUCGCCACUGUGCCGCCGGGCUACCUCACGUGCUACAUGGAGCUCAGGGUGUUGGAUUUACGCAACAACUCCUUGAUCGAGCUGCCCCCAGGCCUCUUCCUCCAUGCCAAGCGCUUGGCACACCUGGAUCUGAGCUACAACAACCUCAGCCACGUGCCAGCCGACAUGUUCCAGGAAGCCCAUGGCCUGGUGCACAUCGACCUGAGCCACAACCCGUGGUUGCGCAGGGUGCACCCGCAGGCCUUCCAGGGCCUGAUGCAGCUCCGAGACCUGGACCUCAGCUAUGGGGGUCUGGCCUUCCUCAGCCUCGAGGCUCUGGAAGGCUUGCCAGGGCUGGUGACCCUGCAGAUCGGCGGCAACCCCUGGGUGUGCGGCUGUACUAUGGAGCCCCUGCUGAAGUGGCUGCGAAACCGGAUCCAGCGCUGUACCUCAGAUUCUCAGCUGGCUGAGUGCCGGGGCCCCCCUGAGGUUGAGGGUGCCCCACUCUUCUCCCUCACUGAAGAGAGCUUCAAGGCUUGUCACCUGACCUUGACCCUGGAUGAUUACCUCUUCAUCGCAUUUGUGGGCUUCGUAGUAUCCAUCGCAUCUGUGGCCACCAACUUCCUCCUGGGCAUCACAGCCAACUGCUGCCACCGUUGGAGCAAAGCCAGUGAAGAGGAAGAGAUUUGAUGUGGGUGCCUGGCAUCCUCUCCAUGCUGCUGACCACCACUGCCGUUCAUACCGGACACUCUUCCUGGCUGCCCACUCUAGCCCCAUGGUGCCCUGGCCACCUCUGUCAUAGCUCAAGCAAUGUCAGGAAGCUACUUUUGAAUAAGCUUCUACUGUGGGCCAGGCACUGUGCUAGGAACUGGCAGUGUUAGAUGAAGCCACCUAGUUCCUGCCCUCAAGGCACUUCCCUCUGCUAGAGGAGAAAGAAUCAGAAAAUAUUCCCUUUAAGACAAUCUGUUGGCUUUCUGAGUACAUAGCUAUGGAAGCCCAUAGGAGGGGUUAUCAACUGUGCUUCAAAAAGUUCAAGAGAAGAAUAAGAGUAGAGGUGAUUUGUGAGCUGGGUCAUCAAAACUGUCUGCUUUGUCAAGUAGACCAAGAAGGGCGUACAUACACAAAUGAUAGAGGCCAGAAUACGUGUGGUACAUCGA